AUGUUUAAAGCUUCACCUUCUAUGAUGGCGCGUCUGCGCUUCACGACUAAGUCGGUCAAUGGCGGCUACUACAAGGGUACGCGGACAGGAUCGAUGGGUCACUUUGACAAGAAGGGCAACUACGUGAUCGACUGGAAGAAAGUCCGAACCUACGUGGUUCCUGAUGAUCUGGCAGAAUUCGAUCUCACUCCAUUUGUCUCGAAGAAGGUGCAACCCAAGCGUGACCAAUAUGUCAAACAGAUCACCACCCGAACUGGCCGCACAGUCACUGUGGUUGACAGCCUGAAGGGCCAGGACUACAUUAACCUCUGGGGCGACAAGAAUGUCGAGGAGGUUGUUGCUCGCGAGACUGCCGAAGAAGAGAGCAAAUCGGGCUCAUCUCGGCCCAGCCAAUAA